AUGACGGUCAACUACUCACUCGAAACAGCGACUGCAAAAUGGAAUCUCAUCUUCAAACUUGGACUCAAAUGGAAAGGCUCAAUCUGGAAGCUAGUUUUGUGGGAGACGUUGGUGUGGCUGAUUUGCACACUCAUUCUCAUGUUUACUUUUCAUUUCGCUGUCGUGGGUCAUCCAAUCGAGAAAGAUUUCAAGCGAUUUGCGGAUUAUGUCACACGAAAUGACCUCAAAGUGGCGAUGGCUUUCAUUCUCGCGUUUUCUUCCGCUUAUUGCUUCAAUCGUUGGAUCGACAUGUAUGGCCUUUUGCAUUGGCCUGAUGAUGUGGCUCAUUCGUUUAACGCAACCGUCAAUGACUCUGCUUUGCCUCCUGCCGAGAUGUUGAAAUUGCGUAGUUGUGUGGCCCGUUACCUCAUCUUUGGCUACAUUCUUUUGCUGCGCGAUGUGUCCGUGAAAAUUCGCAAAAGAUUUCCCACACUCGAACAUUUGACCCAUUAUGGAGGAAUCAUAACUGGAGAAGAGAAAGAGCUUUUGGAUAUUGGUAGGAUUGGACCCGAAAAUCCGCAUUAUUGGAUUCCGUUUGAAUGGAUCGUCACUGUCGUCAAGAAAUAUUAUAUACCCGAACAAAAAGAGGGAUUCAUCACAGGAAAAGCUCGAAAAAUCAAGAAAAAGCAAUCGAUUAUGAGCGAAAAACACUAUACGGAAUUUGUUACAACGUUGUUCAAAUUACGUGGACAUUUGGGCGAUAUUCUUUCAUUUGAUUGGGUCCCGAUGCCACUUGCACUAACACAGGUGAUGACUCUGGUGAUCAUAACGUGUGCAAUCACCCAAAUGUUUCAAGCAGUGCACAAUGGAUUUCAGUUGGGAAAUUUCUUCGAAUUCAGUUCAUUUGUGGGCCUUUUCUACACAACUUUUCAAAUGAUGAUUUACGUGGGCUGGGUGAAAAGUUUUCAGGUCAUCGAGAACCCAUUUGGCGAAGAUGAUGACGAUUUCGAGGUGAAUCAAUUAAUUGAUCGACACUGGCAAUCGUUGAUUCGACUGUUGCUAGACCCGCUUUCGGCACCACCAGAAAUCCCGAAGAAACUUCUAUCGACAACCGUUCCACAUACGAUCGCAUCACGGGCAUUCAUGAAGGGCAGAGACACGACCCAGAUGAUCGGAUCGUUGGCCGACGCAGGGCAACUUAGCGUUCCAAAUAUGCUCGCCGGACACAAUCUU